AUGGCACGUCUCACAGCAGCCCAAGGCUGGUCUCUGACAUGGGUUGAGAGUAUCGAGUGGCUUGACUUCAUCGAGGAGUUCAUACCCGACACGCAACAGCACUGUAGGGGCAAAGAAGGGACUCUUGAGACUGAUGGAUGGAGCAGUGUAAAUCUGCUUCACCUUGUUCCUUUUAUGGUCAAUGUCAAUCAGGAGCUACAUACAGUGAAAGUCUAUGAUACUACGACAAAGGUGGAGAAUGCAGAAAAUCUGAUAGCUAUGAUUUGUGAAGUUAUCCAGAUUGUGGAAAAGGAUUGGGGCAUUCUUGUCAUAGCUAUUACUUCAGAUUGCGGUGGGGAUUCCAGGGCUGCAUGGAAGGCUGUUGUCACUGCAGACACACAUCUUGUUGGGCCCAAUUGCGACGCCCAUCAGAUUAAUCUCAUUGUCGGGGACUAUUUUAACGCUUCAGCAUUGUUUUUGGACUAUACCGAUAAGGCUGAUCAGGUUAUCAGAUGGCUGCGUGGACAAACAUUCUUGCUCGGUCUGUUGCGCGAGAUACAGCAAUGUAUCUGGGAGGGCCAGACACUGGCUGUCAUCCGCGCAGUUAUCACACGAUGGAUGGCCCAUUUCCUGGCUUACCAGCGACUCUUGGAGCUGAAGAGCGCUCUUGAGCUUCUUGUGGAACAUCCCUGCCUUUAUGCAUCCGGUACGGAGCAGAGUCAUGCGGUAACACGCAAGAUGGUACCUAUUAUCUGUGACGGCUUGUUCUGGCACCAUCUCGCACGGGUCAAAUUCCAUCUCCAGCCGCUUGCUAUAGCGGCAAACGUCACGCAAUCGGUGCACUGCCGCCUUGACGAAGUUCUGCUGACAUUUGCGUUCCUUGUCAAGCAAUACCUGGAGCAGCCAGUGGAAGAUGAAGCAGUGAAGCAUGUCGUAAUCAACAGCCUCAAGACACGGUGGGGAAAGACAGAUCAAGACGUGUUUAUUGCCACUGUCAUACUAAAUCCCUUUGUGAAGACGGGAGCAUUCAAGCAGAUACGCAUUUUCACAAGGGCGGGGAUUGCAAUCCUCCUCCAUCAUCUCUGGCAUCACUUCUAUCCCGACACUACUGUUAGCAGUACAUUGAAGACCGAGAUCGACAACUACUUGGAUAAUAAGGGACAAUAUUCAGAUUUACAGGAGUAUACGGAAAUGAUACAAGUGCAGGCCGUAUCCGAGGUGAGCCGCAUUCAUCUGUCUUGGGGGCUUGAGGUAACUUGA